CACACAUACACACACAUACAGGAAGAGAACUGCGUGCUAACGUUCGGUUGUUACAACACGAAAAGACCCCCGCGGUGCUGCCGGGGCACGACUCCCCGGAGGGACGGCGGCUACAGCCACAGAAUCGCUUCAAAAAUGCACGUUUCCGAUCAAUGCCCGUAGAUCCAAAACAAGAGCGACCCCCACCCCCGAAGAAAGCCGGGUCAGAGUUCACAGGAAGCUGGGGGGCUGCCAUUUUUCCCCGCUGCUGCUGCUGCUGCUACCGCUAACGUUUAACAUUAGAUGCUAAAACGACGGGAGGGGCGGCCGUUUUAGGCUUUUGGAGCUAGCUGCUUUCAGUAAGUCGACAUCGUGAACACGCAAGUCCGUCAUUUCUCCGACCGCUGUCGCGAACAACCAUUGUUGUUGGAUGAAUUCGCUAUGGAGAAAGUAGCGGAGCCGUCUUGGACUUCUUCGUACACCUACCAGGUGAGCAAACACAGUGCGGAGAUGCUACACAACCUCAACGUUCAGAGGAAAGAUGGAGGCAGGUUCUGCGAUGUGAUCCUGCGCGUCGGCGAGGAGAGCUUCCCUGCCCACAAAGCGGUGCUGGCCGCCUGCAGCGAGUAUUUCGAGUCGGUCUUCGACCGUCAGGCGGAGGGCGACGGCGACGCCAAGGAGCUGGAGAUGCACACCAUCAGCCCCAAAGUUUUUAAAGACAUCCUGGACUUCGCCUACACCUCCAGGAUCGUGGUGCGACUCGAGUGCUUCCCGGAGUUGAUGACAGCUGCCAAGUUUCUGCUGAUGCGCUCGGUGAUCGAGAUCUGCCAGGAGGUCAUCAAGCAGUCCAACGUCCAGAUCCUCGUCCCGACCUCUCGGGGAGGGGACGCCAGCCUUUUCCAGGCCGCGGGGGCUCCGGAGGUGGGCUUCCCGGUGGCUCACCACCAGGCUGCGGUGAACGGGACGGGAAUGCUGGUGAACGGCCAGAGCUUUGCUAACAAUGCACAGAUGGAGGUGGACGGGGGGGAGAACCCCGCCGCCGCCGCCGGCGCGCUGGAAGACGGAGGCCAGUCCUCCGUGCCCCUGCUGGAGCCCGUCGAGGGGGUGCCGGGCUCCCCGCCGGCGGACAUAACGGGCAAUGCGUUUAAUCACGACAUGGGCUCCCCGGGGUCAAAGAGGGGCAGGGGGAGACCCAAGAAACCCGGGGCGCCCAUGGAGGCUGUGCACUUGAACCACAGCAUCCUGAAAGACAACGGGCUGUUCCCGUGCGGGACGUGCGGGAAAGCCUUCACGGAGGCUUCCCGCUUGAAGAACCACGAGGCGCAGCACGGAGCUUCCAGCGGCGGCGUAAACAACGCGGCUGACAGCCUGUCAUCCGCCAGCGGCAUCUCUCUGCUGCCCCAGUCCGGGCUGCUGGAGAACGGCGUGCAGCUGCACGCGGGACUCACGCUGGACAACGGGCGCAAGCGGGAGAGGACCCGGCGGCACGUCGGCUGUGACAUUUGCGGGAAAGUUUUCCGCGACGUGUACCACCUGAACCGGCACAAGCUCUCGCACUCCGGGGAGAAGCCGUACGCCUGCCCGGUGUGCGGGCUCCGGUUCAAACGGAAGGACAGGAUGUCGUAUCACGUGCGGUCCCACGACGGCUCCGUGGGGAAGCCGUAUGUGUGCCAGAGCUGCGGGAAAGGUUUCUCCAGACCAGACCACCUGAACGGACACAUCAAACAAGUACACACGACAGAGAGACCCCACAAGUGCCAGAUUUGUAAUGCCUCCUUCGCUACAAGAGAUCGCCUUCGGUCACACUUAGCAUGCCACGAGGACAAGAUCCCCUGCAAAGUUUGUGGCAAGUUCCUGCGAGCUGCGUACAUGACCGACCACCUCAAGAAACACAGCGAAGGAACUCAUAACUACUGCGGCAUUUGCAACAAAGGUUUCUCCACUGCGUCCUACCUUAAGGUGCAUAUAAAGACGCAUCAUGGCUCUCCACUGCCCCCCACUGCCACAAUGCACACCUUCCCUGAGCCAAGGGGGGAGCUGCAGAUGCACAACGGCACUCCUUACCACAUGGGACGCCAGUGCGCAGUGGAAGACCUGUGCGCCAGUCGCCAGCUGCUCCUCACCUCGCCUGAGGCAGAGGGCCGCUUUCAUGGGCUCUCUGGACACCCGGUUCUUCCCCAGCCGGGCCACUCCACCCUCUGCUUGCAGCCCGAGCUGCUCAUGGGGAAGCCAGGUGGGACUCCAUAUUUCUGGGAGUGUCGCUCUAGCGGGGGGCCUGGCUUCCCCGCCUAUGGGCCUGUCGCAGACGGGCAAGAAAACGCCGAAAAAUGCCCUCACCUGGAGUCGGAGGAGUCUGACCCUUCGUUCGCGGAAUUGUCCAACGGCGAGGAGCUCAAAUCCCCCCACAAACCCGAGGAACCCGAGCUGGAGAUGCCCUCUCUGGCCUGCAACGGCGCCUCCGUGGGCGCCAUGGCCUCCCCGGAGGGAUCCAAAGCCAAGACGGACCCUGAGAAGAAGUUUACCUGCGGGAUCUGCGGCCAGGCCUUCCGCACCAAGUCCUACCUCAACAAGCACCAGCACAGAGUUCACAAGGCUCAGAAGGCCCAGGGCGUUUCCGGCUCCGGCCUCAGCGAACUGGCCCCCUCCCUGACCUCGCCCUUCUCCCCACAACAAAACAUGUCGCUGCUGGAGUCGUUCGGCUUCCAGAUAGUCCAGUCCGCCUUCGCCUCGUCGCUGGUGGACGCCGAGGCGGGACAGAGCGGGAUGGACUUUGGCGGGAAAUGACACUUUUUGCUCUCGUGCGCGGUAGCAAAAACCUCGUUUUUAGGACAAGCCGGGUCACCCACAGAAGAUGCUCUUUAUUUGGGAAUAACGUUGCCUCAAGACUACUUCUGUUCGUCACGUUGCUUACUGUGCAUCCAAGAUUUUCGUCUGAAGCUGCCAUAUAAUUCCUACAUUUUUCUACUUUUUCGGGUAUGAAAAAGACGUCUUUGCUGUUUUGAUUUUCUAUUUUAAGAUUCGACAUGAAGGGUCUUGUUUGCUUCUAAGUGACGUGGAUCUAUUGAAGUUCUGUUUCCUUCCGCUGUUCCUUCGACUUGUGAGUUUUUGAGCUUUCUGCGCCACAGAGAUGCUUCUUGACAAUAGGCGAAUUACUUCUGCCAUCCUUAAGAUGAGUAACUGUCUUUUUUGCCCACUUUCACUGCUUUUGUGUGAUUGGUACCUCAAUCUUAGACCAUUAAAAGUGUCUGCAGUGCUUCGUAUUAUCCGUUCCUGUAAAGGUUGUACAGAGAUGUCUUUACCUCAAAACAACAAGAGGGCUACAUUCUGCGUUGGCUUCAUUUUUCAUGAUUUUUUUUUUUUUUUUAAAGACAAGAGACUUGAAUUGGAAAAGUUUUGAUUGCAGGUUUUCUUGAGUCUGUUGUUAAUGGAGAAACUUUCCUAGCGGUCUCACAGCACAUUUCAUGGCAUUUUUGUGGAACUUGUCAGUUUUUCUGAUCACCAUAUGUUGUCCAGAACAUUUUGAGAAAAAACAAAAAGAAAAAAAAAAAGCAGUUUGCAGACUUUAUAGCUGGGAAGCACUUUUUAAAAUGCAAAGAAGUCCGUCUUUUUUUUUUUUUUUUUUUUUUUUUCAAUGUUUAUUUGUAUGUGUGUAAUUAAGGAGAGGAAAGCCAUGACGAUACAUAACCAAUGCGGUGUACAGGAUCGCAUUUGAAACGGACAGUUUUCUGUUCUUGAUGUCUGAAUGAAUCGGAUGUAAAAUCUGUCUUGAAACGUGCUUUGAGCUGGUUAGGACCGAAGUUUCUUCCCCCUGCUACAAUCACAGUGUUCCCGAUUCAUGUUUGUUUGGUGUUAAAUCAGUUGUGUGUAUGAAACGAGGACCAAGGUCAGGUAUAUUGUCAGUAUAUAUUUUGAAAAUCUAGAUUAUAUUUUAUUAACUUAUUCAUGCCCUCGGUUCUGUCUGCUUUUUUUUUUUUUUUGUUUGUUUAAAAACAAAAAUCCUGCGAUUGGCUCACAUUUGACUCUACUUCCCUCUGAGUUCUGUGAAAUGGAGAUUUGUGCGUUACACGUGUGUUUUGUGACAGCCAGAGGUGCCGAAGAAGUGUUCCAUCAUGAACCGCCGUCCUCCGGCGCGACAGAACGUGCUGCAGAAUCAACAAAUGAAGCUUUUUUUUUUUUUUUUUUUAAUUGGACUGCUCUUCCCAUCCCUCAGGAUGGAUCAUGUGCCGCGUUUGAACGAGAUGCAGCGUCUUAAUGUGCAAACAUGCUGAUUCCACGAUAACAGAAGCAGAACUCGCCACUUCCUCCACAUCGAUACACAAAAAACGGUCUUUUUAGGUUUCUUAAUUUAUUUUCAACGACAGAAUCUUAGGACCACAGUCAGGAGAAUAAAAUAUGACAGUUAUAUUUUCUUUUGCGCUUAAGAAGCCUUUCUAACUCUCAACUUUAUGCAUGCAUCUUCAUACGAUGCCACAUAUUCGAAAAUCCAACUGGGCACUGACUAAAAGCAAACUGUGUGAAAGAUAAUGUAAUUUAACCAGAGUUGAAGUUUUAACUGCAUCAAGCUAUCAGCAAUGAAUCUGUAUUUGUUGCCUGUCUUUUUUUUUUGUUUGUUUUGUUUCAGGUAUUUAAGUGAUUCCAUCCCUUUGUUUUCACUCGGUAUAAACUUAGACAGUGUAAUAUUUCUGCUUUAGUAGCUACAAUAAGUGAAACGUUGAUUACUGUGGGUUAUUCCUCCGUGUUUUCCUGAGUAGCUGCAGCUCUGGUUAAAGUACAUUUUGAUAUAUCUUAGACAAAUUAGGCGAGCCCUCUGCUAAUGGGCUCGCAUGGACUAUUAGAAGAAAUGAGAACAAUCACAGCCAGCCUGGAAACGUUUAAAAAAAAAACAACAAAAAAAAAAAAAAUUGAUGAGAAGAGAUCUGGAUCUCAGUGUAUGAUAUGUGGUGUUAUCUGGACCUCUUGCACAUUGACACAAGUCUCAUGAGUUAAUGCUUUUUUUUUUAUUCAACGAAGAAUGAUGCAAAUCAGGCUCAGUCGUGUGUGUGUGUGCGUGCGUGCGUGCGUUUCUAUGUUUCUUGCUUUCUCUUUAAUUAUGAUUUGUGAGUGGUUUAGUCUGUUCAAAUUCAGUACAUUCCUUUAUUAUUUAUGGUUGUAUUGUGAUUGUAACAAGUGUAUAUAUCUUUCAUAUACACACACUAUAAAUAUAUAUAAAUAUAUAUAUAAAACCAACCAAUAUGAUCAGUGUUUGUCAAUGGUGAUUCUGUACAUAUGAAGAUUUGUUUUUUUUUUCCUCUCUCUCUUGUUUGUUUUGUGGAGGGAUGUUAAGUUAUGGCCAUUUGAAGUGUAAACUGCAUGUUCUGGCAUGCGAGCUGAGCUGGGGACUGAAUGUCGAUCACUGGUUGGUGGCAGUGGAAUCUUCGCUGCUCCCUGUACUAUCACUCUGCUCUGGCAGCGCUCACACUGCCAGCUGCACGACUCACAUCUCUGACCAAGUCUUUCUGUUUUUCCCCCCCCCCCCCUUUUUUGAUCCACUCUGCACUAGUAUUUACUCCUUAAAAGGUAAUAAGGGUUGUGUUGUUAUAAUUACUAUUUGGAAAAAUGAAAUACUGUAUUAAAUUCAGUGGGGUUUUUCUGUUUUUGUUUUUUGUUUUCUUUCUCUCUCUCUCUCUUCUGGGGAUACAUGGUUUGUUUCACUCCUGUUGGUACUCGAAAGGUAAAAUAUGAUUUCAUGGAUUAUUUAUAACCACACGUCUUUGCUUUCUGCUUUUGGUCUGUUGCAAAGUGCCUUCCAAAUACUGAUUGUGCACAGCAGUGGAUUAAAAAA